CCUGCCCCCCUUCAAGACACAUUCAAGACCACAUGGAAGGAGCAAAAGUCAAAAAGUGAAAGCCAAAAAAAGAACCAAGCCUGCAUUCGAUGGCAAGAUAUGAGGAUAGACCUACUGAAGGGUUUGGUUACCGUGGUUCUAGUGGAUCCCAUCGUGGUGGGGAGCACAGUGGUUCGGGUCGAGGGUGGAGGGGGCGUGAUAGUCGAGGGAGGGGAGGAUCGUCCGGGUAUCCGGGGAGAGGAGGGUCAAAGUUCUAUAAGGCCUCUUACAGCGAUGACGCAAAGGAGAACGUGGACAAACUAUUCAACAAAAAGUACAAAUUUGAGUGUUCUGUUCAUGAAGAGUGGGUGCUCCCCCACCACACCUCCAUGUUCCAAACGCGAGAAGUUCUCAUUCCAGAGUUGGAGGAGCUCAAAGAGAAACUGAACACGGCCAGAGACCAACUCGACACCACUGAGCCGUUGUCAUGGAGAAAACACACCAACUUCACGAAUAGAGCAGGGUCACUAGUCGGUGGACUCAGUAGAGAGUACCAGACUGAGAUGUGCACCAUGAAUUGGGCCAAAAUGCACGAGAUCCUCUGGUCAUUUGAAAUAAUCUCCAAGUCAGCUGUCAAAUAUAAUUCUGUUCACCUAUGCGAGGCCCCGGGGGCGUUUGUCACCAGUCUCAACCACUUCCUCAAGACCCACCGCACUGACUGUGUCUGGAAGUGGAUAGCAAUCACGCUCAACCCCUAUCACGAGGGGAAUUCCCUCACACCGUACUCGGAUCAGGAUCUGUUGAUGUCAGAGUCCAAGUCUUGCUGGUUUGUUGGUCCGGACAACACUGGAGAUAUUACUCAUUGGGAAAAUGUCGUCGCUCUCAAGGAGGCCAUAAAGAAAGACAUGAAAGAUUCCCAUAUGGUGACAGCUGAUGGAGGGUUGAGCUCGUUCUCGGAUCCGAACAGACAAGAAGAGCAGCUGUCCAAGCUCCUCUACUGUGAGGUGGUGUGUGGCCUUCUGCUGCUUGCCAAAGAGGGCACGCUCAUCGCCAAAACAUUCACAAUAUUCGAGCCCCAAACCAUCUCUCUUCUCUACCUCCUCACCUGCUGCUUUGAGGAGGUGAAUUUUUUCAAGGCGGUGACCUCCAAGGCAACAAACUCUGAGCACUACCUGGUGUGCAGGAGGUACAAAGGUCGACCAGCCGUAUCCAAGAAACAUUGGGAGCAUCUCAUCAACCAUUAUGGAGAAGAUGUUUCCGCAACUACUUUAUUUCCGAUGGAGAGUAUCCCAAAGAGUUUUAUCAGUGAAGUUAUUAAGUGUGCAAAGGAAUUCACCAACUACCAGGUUAAGGCUAUAGAGACAAACUUGGAUCUAUACGAUUGCAUGACUUUCUCAGAGAAGAAACAAAUUUUAGAAGAGAGAGACUUAACCUGUGACAAGUACAAAACCAAGUGUUAUCUGAAGAAGCUCUCUCGCGACAAAGCCAUCGUUCCCACAAUGCUUUUGGACGGUUCUCGACUGACGGUGGUCCCAGUGGUACGCAGUGAUGACAUUGUGAGAGAGUGGUUAGAGAGAAGGUCCGUCGACUCCUUCCUCGCUCACAUUAGUCACAGGAAACAGAACUCUGAUCGAGGAAGCGUGAGUGACGGAGUGCCUGAGGCUAAAGUAGCAAGGAUUAGUUUAGACCCAGACGCUGCCCUCGCUGUGAAACAAGUGUUGUCCGCGGUUUGGUUCGAUGGGAGCAAGGUUGCCGACAAAUCUGGAGUCACUUCCAUGGAAAUGGAACCUAUAGACGUCCAAUGGCUGAGAAGUUCUACUAGCUCAACUUAUGACAUCACUAAAGAUAUUCAGUCACUGGAGGGUGCAAAGAUCGCCAAGGUUGUCAACUCCCGUUUUUGCCACAAUGACAUCGUCAAAUCUCUGUCAACAACACUCGUGCAAUCACAGAUCAUGGAUUCAGGUCAUGUGGAUGAACACACCCACAUAUCUAAUCACAUGACCCCCGGCCACGCUCUCCUGGCUCAGGAUCCUCCGUUCUUCCUGACCAAGGAUGGUGUCAACUUUGCUGCGUUGGACUAUAUGACGGGCAUAGUUAGAAAGAGCAGUGAGGUGCUCCUGUUCAUGGAUCUAGCUGGAGCACCGAGUGGAUUCUCUCACUACAUCUACUGGAGGAGACAGAGUUUAGCCAAGGGUUGGGGUCUCGUUCGGGUGGAGCAUCCCAUCUUGGGCCCCGGGUCAGUGAUAGAGAGACUGGCUCCGUGGGAGACGUUCCAAGUGCUCGGUCCACACAAUGGAGUCGACAUCUGUGACAGCACCACCAUCAGGAGUUUGUGUGCUGGUGUUGAGAACUACUGUCCUGAUGGGGUACACCUCGUGGUGGGGGACGUCCCCGAUGUUGCGUUUGGUGCUCACUCUCCCGGAGAGGCGGAGCUCCUCGUCAACCAACACUUACUCACCCAGUUCGUCUGUGCACUCAAGAUCUUGGGAAAGGGUGGUGUGUUUGUGUGUCGUUGCUAUGGGUUACUCACUCGGUUUAGUGCUGGGAUCCUCUUCCUCAUGUACAAGCUUUUCAGAGAGGUGACAGUGAUCAAGCCGUUUACUUCCUCUCCCACCUCCUCUGAGCGAUUCAUUGUGUGUCGUGGUUACCAUGGCUGUAAGGCUGAAGUCACUGACAAACUGUUGGAUAUCAAUGGAGCAGUGAGUGCCCUGAGGGACGAGGUCAAUGAGAAGGGGGUUGCUAUACUGGAGAUAGUGCCCAUGCAAGUGCUGCUAGAGGAGACGUUCCAUCGCUACCUCACUCAAAGCAAUGAGAGAGUGGCCAAAUAUCAGGCAAAAAUGAUACAAAAUCUGGAGCAAGCAUUUCAGAGUCCAGAGCAUCUUCCCAGUGUCGAGAGCCAGCAGCUGUUGUGCAAGGGAACCAUGGAGAUAUUGGAACUGCCUGCAAUACCAACAUUCAUUAGCUGACAGUUUAAUAUGUGCAAUCACUUUUAUGCACUCUUGUACAAUGUAUCUGUUGACAGUAUUUUAAUACUACAUACAAUGAUACUUACCAGAUCCACUUUA